CUGGCGGUACCAAACUUCUUGAUGAUCUCAGAAUGGUGGGCCGCUGAGAUCAUCGUCUUGAUGUCGGGCACUCUGCCAGAGGCGGAGGUGAGCCUGACGUCCAUGGCCAUCUUCUCCAACACCUGUUCAAUUUGCUUCAUGCCUCCAUUGAGUUGGGGUAUGGCCGCGAACACGCGAGUCAGCAAUGAGCUGGGUGCUGGCAAGCCCCGUGCUGCGAAGUUUGCUGCGCAGGUGAACUAUUGUUUGGGCCUCUGCCUGGUGGUCAUCAUCGCCCUGGCGGUGCUCCUGGGCCGAAGGGCUUGGCUCCGUCUUUUCACCUCCGAGGCCGAGGUGUUAGACUACGCUGAUCCCAUCAUGUCGAUCUGUGCGAUCUACGUGGCGCUGGACGGUAUGUGCACUGCUGCCUCUGGAUCUUUGAAGGGAUGCGGACGCGCCAUGCCUAGCUUUGUGGAUUUAGGGUUUCGGCCCUGCUUUAGAGGUGAUUUGCGUACAUUUUGGUUUGCCUAG